AUGUCUGACAAAAAGAUGACCUCAAGCCGCAGGCAUCAUCUGAAGAGCUUGAUGCUUCAGAUCGCUGCUAACUGGCUGGUGCAGGAGAAGAAGGAGCUGGUCGCGGCCAAAGAAGCGUACAUGGCGGAAAACUGUCCCAACCCUGACAUGAGCGGGGACCAGAACACUCUUAUGGAAACUUGUAAGAAGCUGCACGCCCUCAUCGACAAGAUUGAUGAGGAGAGGUACGACAUCCAGGGCAAAGUAUCCAAGGCAGACAAAGAGAUCGAGGACCUGAGGCUGAAGGUGGUGGACUUGGCAGGUGUGAAGAAGCCUGCACUGAAGAAAGUGCGUAUGUCCGCUGACGCCAUGCUCAAAGCUCUGCUGGGCUCCAAACACACGGUCAACAUGGACCUGAGGGCCAACCUGAAGCAGGUCAAGAAGGAGAAGAAGGAGGAGGAGGUCUCAGACGUGGGCGACUGGCGUAAGAACGUUGAAGGCAAAGCCGACAGGAAGAAGAUGUUCGAGACCUCCUAA